CGCGGCAGCGCGCCCGGAGGGUGGGCUGUUGAGGCGCUGGCGCCGCCGGGGUGUGCUCGCGGCCCGGGAGCAGGCGGCGGCGCAGCGGUCGCGGUUCGUAGAGCGGGCGAGGACGAAAAAUCACCACUCAUAUCAUGGAUUUUGUAGAUCAGAUUUCUUUCUUCUGUCUAUCAUGGUAACAAUACAGGAAGCAUACUUAAUUUCUCAUUUCUACAAGUAGUCAUGACUGCUGAAGAAAGAAAGUUUUUAAGCUACAGCAGGAUUCAUUUUGGUACCUUUUAUGGAAAUCCUGAUCUUGUUUUUAAUUUUUGAUAACUUUUUGCUAAAGGUAUGAACAAACAAAGAGCUUAUCUUAUUAGGCAAGUACACAUUAAUAAGAAUGCCUAGAAGAGGAUUGAUUCUUCAGACCCGGACCCAGUGGCUGCUGUUGGGCCUCGCUUUGCUCUGUAGUUUGGUAUUAUUUAUGUACCUUUUGGAAUGUGCCCCCCAGACUGAUGGAAAUGCAUCUCUUCCUCGUGUUGUUGGGGAGAAUUAUGGUAAAGAGUAUUAUCAAGCCCUCCUACAAGAGCAAGAAGAACAUUACCAAACCAGGGCAACCAGUCUGAAACGCCAAAUUGCCCAACUAAAACAAGAAUUGCAAGAAAUGAGCGAGAAGAUGAGAUCAUUGCAAGAGAGAAAGAAUGUAGGGGCUAAUGGCAUAGGCUACCAAGGCAACAAAGAACAAGCACCUAGUGAUCUCUUAGAGUUUCUUCAUGCACAAAUUGACAAAGCUGAAGUUAGCAUAGGAGCCAAAUUACCCAGUGAGUAUGGGGUCAUUCCUUUUGAAAGUUUUACCUUAAUGAAAGUCUUUCAGUUGGAAAUGGGUCUCACUCGUCAUCCUGAAGAAAAGCCAGUUAGAAAAGACAAACGAGAUGAAUUGGUAGAAGUUAUUGAAGCCGGCUUGGAGGUCAUUAAUAAUCCUGAUGAAGAUGAUGAACAGGAAGAUGAGGAGGGUCCCCUUGGAGAGAAACUGAUAUUUAAUGAAAAUGACUUCGUAGAAGGUUAUUAUCGCACCGAGAGAGAUAAGGGCACACAGUAUGAACUCUUUUUUAAGAAAACAGACCUUAUGGAAUAUAGACACGUAACUCUCUUCCGCCCUUUUGGACCUCUCAUGAAAGUGAAGAGCGAGAUGAUUGACAUUACUAGAUCUAUUAUUAAUAUCAUUGUACCACUUGCCGAAAGAACUGAAGCAUUUGCACAGUUUAUGCAUAACUUCAGGGAUGUUUGUAUUCAUCAGGACAAGAGGAUUCAUCUCACAGUGGUGUAUUUUGGUAAAGAAGGACUGUCUAAAGUCAAGUCUAUCCUAGAAUCUGUCACAAGUGAGUCUAAUUUUCACAAUUACACCUUGGUCUCAUUGAAUGAAGAAUUUAAUCGUGGACGAGGACUAAAUGUGGGUGCCCGAGCUUGGGACAAGGGAGAGGUCUUGAUGUUUUUCUGUGAUGUUGAUAUAUAUUUCUCAGCCGAAUUCCUUAACAGCUGCCGGUUAAAUGCUGAGCCAGGUAAGAAGGUGUUUUACCCUGUGGUGUUCAGUCUUUACAAUCCUGCCAUCGUUUAUGCCAACCAGGAUGUGCCACCACCUGUGGAGCAGCAACUGGUUCACAAAAAGGAUUCUGGCUUUUGGCGAGAUUUUGGCUUUGGAAUGACUUGUCAAUAUCGAUCAGAUUUCCUGACCAUUGGUGGAUUUGACAUGGAAGUAAAAGGUUGGGGUGGAGAAGAUGUUCAUCUUUAUCGAAAAUACUUACAUGGUGACCUUAUGGUAAUUCGGACUCCGGUUCCUGGUCUUUUCCACCUAUGGCAUGAAAAGCGCUGUGCUGAUGAGCUGACCCCUGAGCAGUACCGCAUGUGCAUCCAGUCCAAAGCAAUGAAUGAGGCCUCUCACUCCCACCUGGGAAUGCUGGUCUUCAGGGAGGAAAUAGAGACACACCUUCAUAAACAGGCAUACAGGACAAACAGUGAAGCUAUUGGUUGAUGUAAUUGUUAACAUGUUAACAGUCUGAACCACAAACCAGCACUGUUUAUUUAGCCUUAAUUCCAAUUCCAGAUGCAGUGCCUCUUUCAGAGAAGACAUGUUUAUUUUUCAUGUUCUUGCUGACAUUACUUUAGCGGUUCAACCUGAUAUGCAAAGAAAAAAACAAGUGUUUCAGCACAAAGCCUCUGUUUUGUCAGAAUACUACACCAGCUUUUGUCCCAAAGGUUGUUUUGAGUUAAUUUCUGCCUGGUGCCCAUCCUCUGAUUGCAUGUGGGAUUGCAUGGUGUCCUCACUGUAUCUGAGUGGAGAGAUGGGAUGUGCUGGGCUAACGGUGAGUCGGAAGCAGCACAUUCCUACAGAGGGGAUGGAGUAUUAUAGACGUAGUGUGUGGAUAAGUAUCUUCAACAUCAACCACUGUCUCCCUGUUUGUUUUUUUAAAAAAUUGUUUUACCCCACUUGAUUUUUAAAUGAAGAGCUUUGGUUGAUAGCUUGAAAAAUUCACUGAAAUGGGGUAAUUAAAUGAUACAUCUGAAAUCCUCCAUCAGUCAAGAGAAGGCAGAAAUCAAAACCCCUUAACUUAAUGUUGCUUAGCCCCUAAAUGUCUAUUUUUGAGCAAAUGGGUAAUAAUAGAAAAUAGUUAGAAUCAAUGGCUUGUUUAAAAAUACACUAUGUUACUACAUCAUCAUCAUGUUCAAGAUUAGCAGUCAAAGUUGCUAUAGACUGUUUUGAACAAACAGAAAAAACAUGAAGACAUUUUUAACAGCAUUUAAUUAUAUUGACAUACAGUUCAGUUGCUGUGUCUGGGAACAUCAAUUUAUGUGAGCCAGCUACCUCAGGGCCUGCCUGUGGUGGUUCAGAAUAGAUGAGCAUAACAUGGUUUUUUCUUUUCUUUUUGUUUUGUUUGGUUUGGUUUUUUUGCUUUAUAUUUUCUCAUUUAGCAUUGAUGCAUAUGUAUUUAUUAUCAUUUACUUUCUAAUAGGUUAAUAUAUGCUAUAUCUAUAUGUAUAUUAGUAUAAUACUUUGAGUUGAAAGAGUUUCACCUUCAAAAAAUAAUUUCAAGAGGUAUACAUAAGAUCAUUCUGAUUUGAGAAAAGGGAAGGAGAGGAAAGUAGUCUGAGUAGAAAUCUGAAUUACAGAAUAUUUUAGAGAAAUGUACAUGUAUUGCGUGCAUGUAUAAUGUUGUUUUAAUUAAGAUGUAAGUUAUAUUAAUAACACAAGGUGAAUAAGAAAUAUUCAGGUAGGACUGUACUGUAUUAUUUAUCAAACAUGGAUCUUUUACCAUUAGGUCAAUUGCUAGGUCCAGAAAUUGGGUAUAAGAUGAAAGACAUGCAUAAUUUUUCAAUCUUUGGCUUUUAAAAUGGGCUGAUAUUGAAUUUUAUUUGUAUAUAAACCCCUGAAAAUUCACAGAAGAAAAAUCAUCACAUUUUUUCAUAGCAAAUAAUAUCUGAAAUGUUACAAAUUUCUAGGUGCUACAUGAAUUCGAUUUUACAAUAACUCAACUAAUUAUUCUUACAAGUGUUAAAGUUGGGGUAGUGUUUAGGGAUUUUAUUUUUAAAUAUAAAAUAUUCUCUGCAAAAUAAUUCAGGCCAUUGUCUUCUUUUAUAUACAAUUAUUUAUUAUGAAGACCAGUCAAUUAUUACAGUAUUUAAAGUGAGAGAACUUUAUUAUUUGCAAAGGUAAGUUGCAACUUGUUUUUGAGAGAAUCCAUGCCACUUUUGCUCCUUUUUAAAAAAAUAACUAGCUUUUAAUUUAAAGAUAGAAGCUAAGAAAUGGAAACAUUACUAUGUUUUUUGACAUUAAAUGGUACCAAUAAACUAUUUUGUUACCAAAAGAUAAAAGAAAAUGUGAUAAUUUCACUAUAUUAUAGAAUAUCAUAAAUACAGAAAAAGUAUCUAACAUGUAAUUGUGUACUUUUUUUUCUUUCUUUUUUGAGUCAGAGUCUUGCUCUGUACCUAGCAGGUUAGAGUGCAGUACUGUCAUCAUAACUCAUUGAAACUGCAGAUGCCUAUGCAAAUGCCUUUGGUAACUGGGACUAUAGGCAUUGCCACACAAUACCUGGCUAAUUUUUCUAUUUUUUACUAGAGAGGGGCUCUCUCUAUUGCUCGGGCUGGUCUUAAACUUCUGAACUCAAGAGAUCCUCCUGCCUUGGCCUCCCAAAGUGCCAGGAUUACAGGUGUGAGCCAGUAUACUGGGCUAUAAUUUGUACUUUAAAGAAUAAAGCAAACAUCAGCUGCCUAGAUUACAAUAUGAGGUAUUACCAAUGACAGGUCCAUAUACCCUUUCUCCAUCACAUACCGUCAGUCUGUCCAUAGUCGUCACUAUCCGAUUUUUGUGAUAAUUUUUACUUGCUUUUUGUCAUAGUUUUCCCAGUGACUUAUGUGUCUCUGCCCAAUAUUCUGUUUAGUUUUGGCUGUUUUUGAAUUUAUGUACAUUAUUAUAUCAUGAUAUAUUCUCUUUCAUUUAGGGUUUCUGUUUUCUUUUUUCUUUUUUUUUUUUUUGAGGAUCAUCCAUGUUAAUCUCAAAAUCAGUUCAUUUUUAUUACUGAAUAAUAUUUCAUUGUAUUAUGGGAAGAGAAAACUCCCCCUCAUUUUAGGGUUUCAGCUGGGGCUAAGAAUUAAACUGGCAUAGGAUAGAUUAACAGGAGAAAAGCAUAGAGAUUUAUUUAAUGCAAAUUUUAUGUGGAACAGGAACCCUCUAAAAGAAAGACCCCAAAAAGCCUUUAGAGUCAGUUACUUCCACCCUGAAUUGGAUAAAGAAUAGUAAACUGAAAUGUUAUUAAAUUAUGUGGGGAGGCUUAAAAAAUAAACUUUUAACACAGUCUGGGCAAUACUCUUUUGUUCUCAUCUUCUCAUAACUGAAAACAAGGAUGUUGCCUCUCUAGUAUAAUGAGUAUCUUCCACAUGUUCUUAAGAAACAGCACAAAGGUGAAAAUGAUCUUUUUGUACUUGCUUUUGUGCUUGUUUUUCAGGUGUCUCUAACAUAAAUAGUCAAUAUGCCAAAAUAGCAUAUUUUAACCCCUUCAGUGUGACUAUACUUUGAUAUUUAUUAACUCUAUUGUUGGCAGAUAUUUGGGUUGUUUCCAGUUUUUUUGUUAUUCUGUUAUUGGUACUAUUUGUUUGGAGCUUUUUGUUGUUUGCUUUUGCUAUUACAAAGCAGUGUUGUCAUGAACACCACUGUACAUGUCUCUUGUAAGUGUGCUAGAAUUUUUGCAGGAGUAAAAAUGCUGAGCUAAAAUGGUAUGUUCAUGUUUACCUUUCCAAGGAGGACCAUCUUUUAGCACUGAGAGUUUCCUUUGCAGCCUUGGCAGUAAUUAAUUUUAUCAGGCUUUUAAUUCUUGCCAAUUUAGUGGGCUUUAAGCAGGAAUUAUAGUUACAAUUUGCAUUUCUGGUCUUUUUGCCCAUUUUUGCCAGUUCAUAGGAAUUCUUCACAAAAUCUGGAUGCCAAUUUUUGUUGGUUAAAUGUUUGCAGACAUAUUCUGCCAAGAAUAUGAAUGUGGCUUCUUUUUCCCAUUCUUGAUGGUACUUUUUGGUGAAUAAAAAUUAACUUUAAUGUGACUAAUUUUUUUUAUGAUUUCUACCUUUAAAAUAGAAUUUAGUUUUUAGAGCAGUUUUAGAUUCACAGCAAAAUUGAACAGAAGGUACAUUGAAUUUCUCUGUACCCCUUGCCCACACAUGUACAGUUUCCCCCAUUAUCAACAUCCCCCACCACAGUAAUAAACUUGUUACAGUUUGUUACAGUUGAUGAACCUGCAUUAUCCCCUAAAGUUAAUAGUUUACAUUAGGGUUCACACUUGGUAUUAUACUUUCUAUGGGUUUAGACAAAUGUAAAAUCACACGUAUCCACCACUAAAGUGUCAUACAGAAUAGUUUACUGCUCUGAAAAUCCUCUAUGCUCUAUUUCUCUCUCCCUUCCUCCAACCCCUGGCAACCACUGAUCUUCUUAUCAGGUCACAUAGUUGGAAU